CAACUUGUCCGACAUACUCCGGUCCAGCAGGUGGCGGUUUGUACCUUUUUAAGUCAUUGUUGCAACCUGCCAUAAACCUGAAGAGGAAGAAGAAGAAGAAGAAGAAGAAGAAGAAGAAGUUGUUCAAGGUCUACAUUAUGGCGAGCAGACAGGCUGUGAAGGCUGUGCUUAUUGACCUCAGUGGAACUCUUCAUAUAGAAAAUACAGCAGUACCAGGGGCACAGGAUGCCCUGAAGAGGUUACGGCAGACUACGGUAGCUUUAAAGUUUGUGACCAACACAACCAAAGAAAGUAAGAAGAACUUACUAGAACGACUGCAACGUCUCAACUUCAACCUCCAGGAGAAGGAGAUCUUCACUUCACUCAGUGCUGCAAGGAGUUUGCUAGAACAAAAACAAUACAGACCGCUUUUGAUGGUGGAGGACAGUGCACUGGAAGACUUCAAUGGUAUCGACACUUCGGAGCCAAACUCUGUUGUCGUUGGACUUGCUCCUGAUCACUUUAACUACGAAACGCUCAACAAGGCUUUCAGAAUGAUUCUGAAUGGAGCUCCUCUUAUUGCCAUCCACAAGGCUCGGUACUACAAACGUUUGGAUGGUUUGGCCCUUGGCCCUGGGCCCUUUGUGAUGGGACUUGAAUACGCCACAGGGUGCACAGCUACUGUAGUAGGGAAACCAGAAAAUACUUUCUUUGCACAGGCUCUGUCUGAUUUAGGAUGUAGCCCUAAUGAGGCUGUCAUGAUAGGAGACGAUGCAAGAGAUGAUGUGGGUGGGGCCCAGGCCAUAGGAAUGAUUGGAAUUCUGGUCAGAACAGGUAAAUACAGAGAAGGAGAUGAGAACACAAUCAACCCCCCUCCCCACCUAACAUGUGACAGUUUUCCAGAGGCUGUUGAACACAUCUUGAUGAACCUCCUAUAAGCUUGUAACUUCUGAGGUCUACACACUAUUUUUUUUUACUUAUACUGAAAAAAGUGCAAUCUUAUAUUUUUAAAAUAAUAAUGUUUUUUAACCCUUUAUUGUAGACUUCCUAAAUCAAAUCCCUCUUCCUCUGCCUGAGAAAUGAGAAAAUUGCAGUCUUCUUUUCCUUACAAGUUCAACAAAUCCUGAAAAGAAUAAAUGAAUACAUUUAUACAAACUGUCAAGAACAAUAAAAAGUACAAAUAAAGCAUGGAUUUCAAAAGUGAUUAUCCUCUGUUGUCUACAUAACAGGUAAUUUUGCAUUUUAUAAAAUAUUACAUAUUGAAAAAUAUAUAUAUUCUGGAUAGGACCUUAGUGUCAGUGUGCCAGUUCCCCUGGCAGUCUAAGCCUAUAGCAGCAUAACUAAGAUCUGGUCCAAGCCUGAGCUGGGUCUAACUAUAAGCUUUAUCAAAAGGAAAGAUUUAAGUCUAAUCUUAAAAGUGGAGAGGGUGUCUGCCCCCUGGACCCUGACUGGUAGAUGAUUCCAAAGAAGAGGGGCCUGAUAACUGAAGGUUCUACCUCCCAUACUACUGUUGUUGUUCAUAACAGGUAAUUCUGCUACAUAUCAUAAAAUAUCAAUUCACAAAAUGUAUAUUCUCUGGGCUCUGCAGUCAAGAGUUUCUUUGUGCUUCUGAUUAUUGUACGGAUAAACAUAAACAAUAAAUUCUACAUUACAAAUAGAGGCGUCUCAGACCAAAGUUUUAAGAUGCUUUUCCAGGAGCAACAUAUGUGUUCAAAAAUGUAAUUGAUGUUGUUUAUUUACCAGAAGUUAUAUGACAGAGAUGCAUUAUGCUCAAAAAUGUAUUCUAAACAUUGAACACUUAAGAAGAGAUGCAAACAAUGUUUGUUUUGUUUUCUUAUUCAGAGUUUUAAAUAAACUAUUUGAGGCAAUUGAUCCAAUGUCACAAGCUCGUAACAGUAGCAUGUCAAUGUUGUCUAGGAAGAAGAAAAAAAGUGAUCCAGAUACUCUCUUAUUACAAGUUUUUAUUUCUAUGCUUUUAAAAUGUGCCUGUACUUUAGACAGACUCAAACUCUCUCUCCCAGGCUGUGAAUUUGUCCAUCAGGUUUCUGGCUGAAGGUUUGGUGUGAGAGAUGACCUUCCGAAAGUCAUCAGUUGUCACAGUUUCCAGCUGGAAAUCAGGCAUACCAGAAUCACCUGUGAGGGAGAAUCCCAUUGUGGUGUAAGUGUUGUAUUCAAGGACUCAUGACAGAAAACAUAGCUAUUUUGGUAUGUGUGUGCAUUUUAUUUUACCGUCCUGGUGGGAUUCAAGAGCAUCAAAAAUCUUGCGGACUGGUCUCAUCGCAGCCUCCUUACACACCAGUCUUAAAUCAGAGCCAGAGUAACCUUCCAUCUCCUUAAACACACACAACAGCACAGAAGCAAAUAUAACCUAGUAAGUUGUGAUUUCGAUUUUUGAUUUAUACUUCACAAAGGAAUGUUGAAUGGAUAAAAUGGGUCUUACUCUAACAGACCUUUGCCAGAUUUUCAUAGUCCAGCUCGGUUCGUAGCUCCACCCCUCCAGUGGCACUAAGAGGAGGCAGCCAAUGAGAAAUCAUGGUUUGGCGAGCUAUUGAGGAGGGAAGACUGACUAGAAUCCUUUUCUCUAACCUCCGCAGCAUUGCAUGGUCGAGCUCCCUGAUUGAAGAGCAGGAACAGCUACAAAUUAGUAAAGCGCUUUGCAUUUCUCUUUCUUUUCCGGUCCCAACAUAUCCUGAAUCUAAAAAAUAAGUUGACCAAUAGGACAUCUGCCAUUCAAUGAGCAAAAUAUCUCUUGAGGAAAGCAGAGCACAGAGAAAGGAGUAGAAGUGAAAACAUAAUUAUGUACAAGGACCUAUUGGAACACAAUGAUUUUUUUCUUUCUCUCUUCUUUGUCCAAAUGAAUUGCAUAUUUUGGGGCCUACACGUGUUCAAAACUCACAAAAUUUGCAAAUGCAUUAAGGCCUGAGGGAAAAUUUGACAUUUUAGGGACUUGGAGUAAAACUUCAUAAAAAGUAGCCCCUACCCUAAAUCUUCAAAGUUCAUUCCCUCCAGCAGUGGGUUCAACCUGCAUGCAUAAACAUCAGUAUGCAUAUAGCAUGCACAGACCUACAAAAAAAGUAUCUUACUGCCACAGUGAAAUCUCGACAGGAAGUCCACAAAUGUGAGUUGAAUAUCUGUUUUAGCCGAGAUACAGGGUGCAUUUUUGAAUGUUGCCAAAUAAUAAAAAUCCCUUUUACCUCCAUGUAUAAUGUUUGAUCCUGACAUGACAUGUAUGAUAAGUGUCCCAGGCUGAACACACCUCCAUGCAAGCAAAAUAACCACAGUGCCCCCCUUCUGCAAACAGGAAAUUAUGAUUUACUCUAUAAUGCACCUCUCCCUCUGUUCAACUUAUUGACCACUUAUUUGGUCAGGAAAGCCUUCAGACUUUGAUGAAGCAUUAUUUUGAUUAUGCAAUUAUAUAUUACACCACCUAUUGGAAACAAGUGGCAAAGAUUCCUUUAUGCAGUUCUGAAUUAGCUGUCAAUGAUAACUGUUUCACUAGUGCACUGUCAUCAACAUGUCCUACACGUGAAAGCCCCACCUGCUGGGUAAAGGCAGUACUACAAUAUCCUCUCUGUGCUUGAGAUUCUGGUGGUUCAGAUUCUGGUGUGCUUCUCACAGAUGCAUUAUGCCUUCAUGUGCACAAAGGUGUGUUGGACAAUUGUUGUUUUCAAUAUCUCAAUAAACAAAAACAAUGAUAAC